GUGAACCGGUGUGAAUCUGAUAGCGCGAAUAGAAUAAUGGCUCUUGGACUACUUCCCUUGCCCACUAUUCAUCCCUAUCCUCAUCAACAACCUGCUUACAGAUGGCGCUUGGUUUUAUCCUACGAUGGCACUCGAUUUUCUGGUUGGCAGUAUCAGCCCUCAACGCCAACCAUACAGUGCAUUUUGGAACAAGCCUUAACUCGAGUUACAAAACUAGAGCGCAAGGAUCUCUGUUUAGUUGGUGCAAGUAGGACGGACACAGGAGUCCAUGCGCUAGGUCAGGUGGCACACUUCGUUACACCUUUCAAUUAUCAAGGACUGCAGGAUAUGCACGCAGUACUCAAUGGUCUUCUUCCUCCUGACAUUCGAGUUACAGAAAUCUGCCCUGCAAUGCCCCAAUUCCAUGCUCAUUUUUCAGUCACCGGAAAGAUCUAUCAUUACAAGAUCUAUAAUGAUCCUGUUAUGGACCCAUUCCAUCGUCUAUAUGCUUAUCAUAAUCGUUCCAAGCUCAAUACUUGUGUCAUGAUGGAAGCCACUAAGCAUUUUCUAGGGAAACAUGAUUUUUCAGCCUUUGCGAAUGCACAGCGCAAUGAUCGCACAGUCAACCCAGUGAAGAAUAUAUUCCGACUGGAUAUAACUGAAGAG